CCUGUAAACGGGCGAGAAUAGGCGAGAACUUCGUGGCUACAAAAAUGUCCUCUAUCGGAGGCGCGUCCUCAGAUGCCGCUGACAAACACGAAACGACGGGAGAAACCGGGAAGAUGAUCCGGCUGAACCAGCCUGACGCCACGUGGGGGGAACAGCUGUUGAAGGCGGCCGCUGACCUGGCAGGCACUGACCACGACGGGUCGGAUUCCGAGCUCUCGGACACAGACAACUUUCUAACCAAGGGCGCCUUUUUGUUGACGCCGAGUCACGAACUCAGUAUGGAGAAAGCCAGCAGUAUCUGCGAGAAGAUGAACUUUAAGGGUCAGUUCUCCCUCACCAAGACGGCCACAGGCAUCCUGUUCAAGUUCUCGCACCCAGAGGAUUACCAAGCUGUGUUCAAGAAGGGCUUCCAUAAGGUGACGAACGCGAGGUUCUACAAAAAGGUUCCUAUCCCGUGUCGACCGCAGAAGACCUUUACAGUGUUUGCACUGGAGAUCCCAGAAGACAUUCCAGAAGAGGAUAUCAGACACUCCAUGUACAAGUUUAACUCUGUAGUCGAGGUUAUCAGACUUCCUAAGGACACAGGGAUAGGAGGACCGUCAGGAACAGGCUCUACCACCAUCGAAAAAUCUAAUUCAGCCAAUCCAGGUACAGCAGCCGACAAGACGAGUGGGGGGUUACCGGUCAUCGUCCCGCCACCUCCGCUGGUCAGAGUGACUCUCGCCUCACUGGAAGAAUACAACAUUCUGCUCCAGAAUGGACUGGACUUCUACGGCGCCACGUUCUUCCCCACAGAAGCCGCUGUGUCCACGUCGGCGGUACGCACCAGCGGGAGGAAGUCCGUCUUGGGCAACAGGGUGUUCGACGUGGUAACGACUUCCGGCCAGCGGGUGCGCGACAUGCUUCCGGUCUUCGACGCAGCUGGAUUCUCCAAGAUUCCUCCACCCGCAAUAAAAACGAUUAAGCCGCGCCGGGCCAACUGAUGCGCGCGACCCACAAGUUGCUACUGACGUCACGCGAGCUACGGAGCAAAUACACAACAACCACCUGGUCAGGCCACGACACUUUUCAAAAGCUUCGGCUGUCAGGCUUUUAGACAUUCACACGAAAAUUCCAUAUUUCAUUAAGUUAUGUAAAUUAUUCUGAAGAAGCUGAAGGGAGUUCUUUUUCCCACCAAGUGCUGCUCUGGUACACUCUGUAACUUUCAAUUUAAAUCUGAACCCACAAAACAUGAAAUUAUGGGCGUAAUGUCAGAACAAUUAAACACUUUUACAUGCAAGACAGCGUUUAAUAAUACGAGCCAGUCACUCCGCAGAAGAGUCGAACCGGUAACCCUCCAAGUACAAACCAUGAGGGCCACGAAAUAAUUAAUUAUUUGCAUCGAGAAUAUGGAUUAUGGCUUCAUAUUUAUCGCGUGUUCUUUGCACGAAGUGCAUGAAACUAAAUCAUUACAUAGGGAUCGUGUCUGUCUGUCUGUCUUUCCACGUUUCAUCACCGAAACUGUAAGACCUACUUCGAUUAAAUCGAGAGCUUUAGGGCAGGGAUCUAAUGCUAAAAUUGGUACAGCCAAUUUUAUCUUGGUUCGUAUCCGAACAACAUAAAACCUGCCUCAAAAGGAGAUAAAAAACAAUAUUUUUCAUUUUGCUAAAAACGUUUUGUUGCACAAACAACUUGUUCAUGAAAUAAAAUAAAGAUAUCACUGAUAUCCAUACUCCAAAAUGAAACACAUUACAGUGUAACAUGCUCGUACGCUUAACGACGUCACCUGUUUCGCAGCAUAUUUUUGGUGUCAUGUAUUAUCUUCGCUACAGCAAUUUUCCAUUACCAGUAAUAAAUUAAAAUUUAACGCGAUAACGUAUGCAUAAUCGCAAAGCAGGGUACACCUUUGCACUCUUACAGUUUAAACUACAAGAGAAAGUUUUCUAAUCGAGGUAUUUGCACACAGUACACACAUACAGGGUGUCCCAAAAAGAUAAACACACAGGUUAUUAUCCCGUAUUAUAGUGUAUAUACAUCUUUAUGCGACAACCUGUACACACAAUUAUUUCACUGUCAUCUCUAGAAGCUCUUCCCCUUCCAGCUCGCGUCCGACAAAGCCAGCUGUAACUUCCUACGACCAUUUCAUCAGGAAAGCGUUGUGGCCAGAACUCUGUAAUCUAGUUUUGAUGUGACGUCAGAAGAAACAAAAGAGAACGCUCCGGAAAUUCUCUAGUCUUAAGACCUUAAAGUACACGAAGGAAGAGGGUGUGAAAUUAAUGUUAAACAAUAAAAUAUUUCACCUCUUCAUAAAAAUCAACUAUGUUUA